AAGGGAAAUCUGUUUGUGGCUGUCGACUGUACCUGCAGUGGUGUAUGAGAUUGUUGUUACUACCGGUUGACCCUUGUAAGGUUGUAACAUGGGGACUGUCUAUGCAAAGACCCUGAUAGAAGAAGAACAGAUGAAAAUUGAUGAAAAUAAAAUAUCUCUUGACAAAAUAAAGGCUAGGGUUGAUAAGGUUCACGUAGAUGGAGUGGGAAGAACAAAAGAUGACAUUCUAGCCAAGGCUGUCAAGGAUCUUUUUCAAGCACAUAAUUUUGAAGAGUUAAUAAAUUUUUUUCUCUUUCUCUCUACAUUAGGACCUGAAGCUAGUCCAGAUGGAGUUGAAGUAACAUUUCAUACAGUGGAAGUCAGACGUGUGGUUGGUGGUGUCAACACCCUGGUUGGGAACAAUGAAGGCAGUAUGGUAGUUGGGAUGAAGUUACCAAAUCUGGGAGGCCGGGGAGAAAACCUUCAAGCAGAGUAUCAGUAUGGUACGAAGCGUUCAUAUGGCUUCAAUGCAACUGUGACAAAACCUUUUAUCUUUAGGGGGAAUCCUAGGAUUACUGGUGCAGUAUUUCAGCAUGCCGCAGACUUCCCAUGGAGUGGGUUUCGCCAGAUAGAUCGAGGAACGUUGUUAGAAGUGGCAUUUGAAUCGGCACCUCAAAUUCACCAUAGUUUCAGGUGGGAAGGGAUCUGGAGGGAACUGAAAUGUGCCUUACCAUCCACAGCCUUUGCCGUUCGAGAAGAGACUGGCCAUUCUCUAAAGUCUAGCAUAAAGCAUAUACUCACCCGUGAUACAAGAGAUAACCUAGUUCUUCCAACUGCCGGUACUUUUCUCAGGCUCAACCAGGAACUUGCUGGUCUAGGUGGUGAUAUAGGUUUCUUCAAACAAGAAUUUGAGUUUCAGUUCAACCAAAACCUUGGUUAUGACAUGAUUCUUCAAGGAUCAUUAAUGGGUGGAUUUAUGAAACGAACAAGUUUAGAUAAAUCUUUCAAUAUUGCCGACCGCUUCUUCCUUGGAGGUCCACUUUCUUUACGAGGCUUCAUGAUGCGAGGUGUUGGUCCUCACAAUGAAGACAAUGCACUGGGUGCUGAAAGCUACUGGGCAACUGGACUUCAUCUAUACAGUCCCCUUCCGUUCCGACCAGGCAAGGGAGGAAUUGGAGAGUUAUUUAAGACCCAUUUGUUUCUAAAUGUUGGAAACAUAGGAAACUUUCAGUUCUCCGACGAUUAUCACCAGAAUUUGAUUACACUGUUGACCAAUCUCCGGUUAGCGUGUGGAGCUGGUAUUGUAUUAUCGGUGGGUCACGUGGCUCGUUUUGAACUCAACUACUGUGUGCCAAUCAGAUAUCAGCCUGGAGAUAAGUUAAACCCUGGACUACAGUUUGGAGUUGGAGUAACAUUUUUAUAGCUAGAAUAUCUUCUCAUCUAGGGUUGGAUGUGGUGCUCAGCUGUUCAGGACCACAAGGUUGUGGUUAAUGAUGCUAUGGGCCUGUGAAGAAAGCCUAGUUUGAUAUACAAUAGUCUUUAUUUGUUUUAGUAUAUUUUUAUCAGUCAGUUUAGAAUUGUAAUUAAAACAAGGAAUAACAUAAGGGCUACGAUGUCCAGUUAAAAAGUAUUUCAUAGUUUGUAACUUAUAAACACAUGAAAUUUAGACAAUAAAAAUAGAAGUUUUCCUAA